AUGGGCGCCUCAGUCGGCGAACUCAUCUUCAUCGCCGUCAAGCCAAUCAUAAAAAUGGCCAUAACAGCCCUCGGCGGCGUCUGGCUCUCCCACAAACAAAUCCUCACCCCCGCCGCCUCCCGCUCCCUCUCCCUCAUCGCCAUAAACUUCUUCCUCCCCGCCCUCCUCUUCUCCAAAAUCGUCCCCUCGAUCGAUUCACAGAAUAUUCCGCAGCUCGGAGUGUUAAUAUUGAGUGGGAUUUUUUAUCAGGUGUGUGGGUUGAUAACGGGGUUGUUGGUGAGGUGGUUGACGCCUGUGCCGAGGGCUUGGAGGAAUGGGGUUGUUGCGGCGGGGAUAUGGAGUAAUUGGGGUGACCUACCGCUCGCUUUCGUUUUGACGCUCACUAAUGCAGCGCCGUUUACGGAGGAGGACCAGUCAUUGGGAGUGGCAUAUGUGAGCAUCUUCAUCAUCGUGUUCUUUGUGACGAUGUUUCCGUUGAAUGGGAUGGCCCUCAUUGCACGGGAUUUUACGCAUCCUGCCGUCGCUGUUGCGGAUCCGGAGGAGUCACCGCCGGUUACGGCUGUGAGCAGUCCCACGGCUAUACAGUCCGAGGCGGAGGACACGAAGAUGGUUGAAUCGAAGGAGCGGGAACUUCAGGGACCGUUGAAGAUGAGGACACAGGAGUUGAAGGAUGGAAUUCCGAUGACGGAGAUGAAGAGGCGGCCAUCGAAGAGUUCGGGGCCGAAACCGACAUCCAUGGUGACUACGCGAGCAAAGCCAGACUAUAAAGAUGAGACUGUGGAUGAUAGCCAGUUGUUUCCAGCUGCACUGGAGUCGUUCGCACCUAUUACCAGAAUCGCUACGGCGGAUUCGCUGGCGAUCAGCAGGAUCAAGUCAAACCAGACCGCCGACCAGCCUUGGCAAAGGCGUUCAUCAGACCAAACACUACACAGCCGAAAACCCUCCAUAUCACCCUCCGCACCCCCACCGAAACCAACCUUCUGGCGAAAAGCUCACUCCCUACUCAACACCUUCCUUACUCCACCAACAAUCUCCCUCAUCCUCUCCAUCAUCAUCGCCGUCAUCCCAAAACUAAAAGCACUCUUCGUCUCUGGUCUCUCCGAAGGCAUCAAGAAUGCCCCAGACGGCCAACCACCCCUCGAAAUCAUCCUCGAGACCGCAACAUUCAUCGGAAACGCCUCCGUUCCCUGCGGUCUGGCGAUCUUGGGCGCAUCCCUUUCCCGCCUCUCCCUGAAACGCAUUCCGAGUCUGUGGUCAAUCGCCUCAAUGGCAAUUCUUAAACUCGUAGUCAUCCCAAUCAUCGGAAUCGCGUGGACGACAGGCUUAGCACGCACGUCUCUAAUCCCAGACGACGCGAAGAUGUUGCAGUUUGUGAUUAUCUUGUGUGGAGCUGUACCGACGGCUACCACGCAGGUUUAUUUGACGCAGAUCUUUUGUCCGCCGGAGGAGAGUCCGGAUGAGCAGUUGGAUGCAUUGUCGAGUUUUUUGAUUUUGCAGUAUGCGUUGAUGUUGAUUACAUUGACGGCGACUGUGGCAUAUUCCAUUAACAUUCUUUAUUGA